AUUCUGGAAGCUGGGCUGCGCCGUCUGCGUGGCGGGCGCGCCGUGAAGCGGCAGGGCGCAGCCACCGCCUCCCCCGCCCGGCGGCUCUACGCCGUUUGCGUAGCGUGCCCCAAGAUGGCGUCGCGGUCGUCGUCGGCGGUGGCCGGAGCGCUGGCAGCGGCGGCGGAGCGGCUGGAAGUGAAGGGAGGGAUGAGGCGGGCGAAAGGCGGCAGCGCGUAGCGGGCGGCUCCCGGCCUGCGGGAGACAGAGCGAGACCGAGAAAGAGACUGUCGCGGGGAGGCGGCCCCCCCCUCCGUCCCCCCGUCCUUCCCCGCCCGCCCCUCACGGGAGCCCCGGCGGGUCCUUCCCGGCGCCGCCACCCUGCCCGCCCCCCCCCCCCCCCCCCGCCCCCGCCCUCUAGGCCGCGGGCCUCGCCGUCCUCCGGCCUGUCCCCCCCCACCCCCCCAGCCCAGCUGCCCCCUCGGAGCGGAGGAUGAUGAAGCUCAAGUCCAACCAGACGCGCACCUACGACGGGGACGGCUACAAGAAGCGGGCGGCCUGCCUGUGCUUCCGCAGCGAGACCGAGGAGGAGGUGCUGCUGGUUAGCAGUAGUCGUCAUCCUGACCGAUGGAUUGUCCCUGGGGGUGGCAUGGAGCCCGAGGAGGAGCCCAAUGUGGCCGCCGUGCGAGAAGUCUGUGAAGAGGCUGGAGUGAAAGGGACGUUAGGAAGAUUGGUGGGAAUUUUUGAGAAUCGGGACAGGAAACACAGGACAUAUGUUUACGUACUUAUCGUCACAGAAGUGUUGGAAGACUGGGAGGACUCUGUCAAUAUUGGAAGGAAAAGGGAAUGGUUUAAGAUAGAAGAUGCCAUAAAAGUUCUGCAGUAUCAUAAACCAGUGCAGGCCUCGUAUUUUGAAACCUUGAGGCAAGGUUGUUUGGCAAACAACGGCACUCCUGUCAUGACCACGACGUACUCUGAGAGCUCCGUGUCUGACAUCAGAUGACUGAAGACGUCCCUCUGAGAGAAAUUUUGAAAAAUAGACUGAAACAUGGAUUUCCCUCCCCCCUUCCCCUUUUCACAUGCCUCCUCUAUCAAACAAGGCAUGGGCAGCAGCCUGUGGCAGAGCAAGUGUUAAGAGUGCUGCAAUUUAGUGCAAGGUGGGAUUUUAUUUUUUUUUGUUGGCUUUUUUUGCUUUUUUGGAUAUGUAUUUUGUAAAAUACAUUUUGUGCAUGAAGUGCCCCUUUCCCGUUACACCGCUUCCAUGGCCUGGCGAGCGAGGCUGCCAGUUUCGCCUCUGCCUUGUGUUCUGAAGUGUCCCGUUUGUGUCAUCCCAGCCAUAGCCACUUUUUUUUUUUUUUUUUUUUUUAAUUAAAAGACUUCAAAUGUGAGAUCAGCUCUUUAAGUCUUAGUCUGUACUGUACGGUGCUGUUCAGACCUGUGUGGUGGUCACUUUCAGCGCAUAUGUAUAAACUUUUUUAGAUGGAGAAUCUAACAUUUUAAUUUUGUGGGAAUUUUUUUUUAAUCCUGGUCUGCUUCUGAAAAGAAGGGUUCAUAAUUAAUCUGUUUGCCUUUUGUUAUGGUUUUUUUAAAAAAAAUACACAUUCUGUGACAGUGCUAGUGGCUGGGCCAGUAUACUCCCCGUUCAGUAUCUCCUGAUUUAGUGCAGUGACACUUGAAGAUGAGGGCAGAGUUUUGAUCACCUGCAGACAUCCCUGCUGCUCCGUUGCUUCUCCUGCAGCUUCCGCCAGUGUUUCUACAUUUACAUCAAAAUGAAACAAAAAGGAGUUGGUCUUUUAACACUUGGCCAAAAAUAAAUAGCCUCAGAAACGCUACGAUAGAAACUGAAUUUCAUUGUCUGUGGUAGGAAUCAGGGAUUCAAAGUGGGGUCAAAGUCUGACAAACUGGAGCGUCGAUCACCAAUGCUGUUCUGCUGAUCCUGCUGCGUUCUGCUGAUGUCUCCUCUUGUCCACAUGCCUUAUACCAUGCUGAACUGGAUACUUGUAAUUUGUGCUAAAGCAUCGGAUUGUACUUACUGAGUGUUACUGCACGAACCCUCGGUUGGAUAACUGUGUGUGUCCCUCAAAAGAAGUCCUGGGGGAAAAAUUCAGGUGUUCAAUCUCUUGUCCUGUGGUUCUGCAGCACUUAAAAUUGCACCAUGGAGCAUGCUCAAAAUGUUUAAACUCUCCCUCCGUGAAAGGUACAGCUGACUCCCGAGCAGAAUUGCUAGUUGGAGAAGUACACCGUUAAAUAGGAUAGCUCCCCUGAUGCGUUGGCACACUUCACAUUAUUAGUUUUUGUUGUUUUUAUUGAUGUAAGUUUCAUGCUGUCUUGAUUUGCCAACAGUGUUGUCUAGUUGGGAAAUAAAAUGGGAAGGGUUGGGGCUGGGGGGUGGGUUGGGACAGGUACAAGUUUUGGGAGGGGCAUUAAUUAAUCCCUGGCUUGGGACAAGAAGUAGUUGCUGAAUUCAGUAACUUCUCCUUUGUCAGAGCAUAGCCAAGAUGUGAAAUUAAAUCUGCAGUACUCUUUUUUUUUUCUUCUUUUUUUUUUUUCCUCUCCUCUUUAUUUAACAGAAAAUAUUCUAAUAAAUACUCACUGUUCCAGAGUUUUCUCUCUUCCUGAGAAGCGCUUACAAUAUGAAAAUCUGAUAGAAAUAUCCAUGGAGCCUGGGACAAGGGGGAAUGGUAUCCUUGCUGGUUUGGCAAGAAGCUGUUCAUUUUAAGAUCCUAUUCUGUUCCUUUACUUGUUCUCCUUGCUUUCAUCAGUGUGGAGUAGCAAGGCCAAAAGCAGUGCCAGUGAUCGCUAACAUGAAAAACCACGCAUAAGAAAAAGCUGAGAGGCAUUAUUCAAGAAGUAGCUUGAAACCGAGCAUCUGGAAUUGAGCCUAAAUUACACCAGUUCAGUUCACUUCAACUUAGAGACGAAUGUAUAAUACUUUCUUACUCUGUGCUGAUCGGCCUGAACCAAACUUCUCAAAAGGGCUUGAAUAUCGUAUCUGGAAGUGUACAAGAAAUUCAGUCUGCUGUUACCGAGCCGUGAGUGGCACCUAACACAGCCAUCUACUGCCUUCAAUUGAGUUUUUCUCUUUACUGUACAGAUUAGUAUGUUGAAAUUGCUUUGCAACAAAACAGCUGGUACUCCUGAAAGAGUAACUGCAGUUUUAAUAUCAGCAGCAUGCACACUUUUGUUUUUAAACUAAAAAUGUUUUUACAGGGCUGUUAAACUGACAAUUUAGGGUAGAAUAUUGUUAAUGACUUGCUAAUGGCUUCUUUGUUUGGGUCAGAAAAAUAAAUUGUGCCAAGAAAGUGUUUUAAUGUGGCAUGAAUUGAUGUUGUUAACACAGUAACAUCGAGUGGCUGAUAUUAUGCCUUCUUAACUGGAAAUAGCUCCUGGGGCAGAAAUAGCCUUUAUUCAACAGAUGCAGAUUUCAAACCAGGCUUUAGUCCUGUGCUACCUGAAUCUCUUCCCUGCACCACACGAAUUCCCGUCUUCCUCAGCAUCUGAGGUUCUUCUCUAGUAACUGAUGUAGCUGCGUGCCCUAGCAGUUUACACCACUGUAUCCAAAAUGUUGUUAAAUUGGUUUGGGACCGACAAUCAAACUACCUUUAUUAGUGAUAACAGAGUUGUUUUAAGGAGGGACGCACUCUGGGUUUCGCGGUACAGACUAGUGCCUGCUUGAUUAAACUGCUUAGGGCUGCUGUCAUGACCAACCGCUAAAAAACCUGUAGGAUUAGACUCGGAUGUCCAGCGUUGCUAAAACUGGUGCUAUAUUGAGAUAGCGGAAUUCUUACCUCAAACAAUGUAGUGUCUAGCCUGACCCCUUAAAUCGAGCAUUACAAUGUGUCUCAGCUUCCCCUUGAAGAAUAGUGUUCUUAGCUUGGCUUUCAGCAUAGCUUCCAUCUUUCUUGGCACUGGUGCGUUUGUAGGUAAACCAGAGGAAUACCAAGUCUGCAGCAGAUUUGUCAGUCACUCUCCAGUUGCAGGUUUCAGGUGCUUGUCUGGGUUCCCUGAGAUGCGGUUUGGGAGCAAUGCCUGGCGUUUUGGUGAUGCACAGCCUCCGACUUAGAGGGGCUACAGUUAAUUACCUUCCGGCACACCUCUGGGCCCCGGGGUCUCCUGAAAGACUUCCAGUGUCCUCUGUAAGGGGUAGGGUAAUUUCGCUAAUAAGAUUACUUUUUCCCUUGCUGCUUUUCAUACGUGUAUUUGUGGUAUAUACAAGGACGCCUCACUCUUGAUACACCAAGAAGCAAGUCUGCCUGCAGCAAGGAAGAGGGGGAAAAAUAAUAACCCACGAAACGCUCAAGGACUGGAUUUCUUCAUGCACCUAAGUGUCAUCUCAGGGUUGCAAGAUGAGUGAUGAAGUAAGAGGAAGAGGGAGACCCACUGUUCAGCGCAGGGAGGUUCUCUGAGCAGUUCCCACUCUUCAACAUCAAUUCACUUCCUCUGGUAUUGUCGAAAUUAGAAAUCCUUGUAUAGUGGAGUUGCAUCCUGCCAUUUGGAUUUUUAAACGUAUUUGAGUCCUUAAUGGAAGAAGGGAAGUGCAUUCAGCACUCGGACAUUGCCGCUUAGCGUGAUGAUCUUUUAAACCUCAAAAUACUUAGAAAAAAUCUGGAUCUCUGUCACUGGAAGUGUUUGACAGACCAGCUUGGAUUACUGCUGUGGCAGGAAAGUGUUAGCUGGUGGCUUAAGCUGGUGCUGGGUAGCGGGUGUACUGGUGAUUGUGGACUCCAGCACGGGAGCAGGAGAAAAAAGAAGAGACCUCUGGGGAACCAACGUCUCCAGCAGCCGCUGCUUGAUUCUUCCAGCAGGAUUUGUCAGAUCCUGUCCCUUUCUGAUGCUUGUAAAGCAUUUACUUGAUGAGUAAAACUCAAGAGGCAGGUGGACGUCCCUCUGCAGUAGAGUGCCAAGUGUAAUUUAUCUUAGUGGAGCUGAAAUCGUACGGAUUGAGGUGUAGGAAGUCUCUCUCAAAUAGGGUUUUGGUGUGGUGGAACAAGGAUUUCGAUGCAUUGGUUAACGGCAGCUUAGAAAUCGCCUACUGUAGAAAACGUAAAGCCACUUUGUCUUGAAGUGGUUCCUGUAAAAUGGGGUUUGGGUUUCAAAUUUGACUUUGCUCACACUGAGGCUUUUCAAAGACACGUUUCAAAAGGAAGAACCUUCUUUCAGUUGAAAGUCACACCUACGGCUUUCCGUUUGGUGAAGCUUUCCCGCGGUAUUUAACAGGCGUGCCACAGGGCUGUGCACGCUGGUACUGGUGCCUGGCUGCGAGGGCGAGAUGGAGGUGACGCCUUUUCCUGGGAGAUGCCUCGAGAAGAGUGAAAGGAGAGUUUCCCAUUCCCCCUGAAAUCUGCCAUUCAGCGCUGUUAAAGUACUUUUAGUCGCUUCACAAAGAUGUCUUUUGGUUUCUUCACAAAGAUGGAUUGUUUCAUUCCAGACAAUAGUUUAUUGGCGAUAGAGAAACUCGGUAUUGUUAGAAAGCCGGGGAGGUUUGUACCUCCUUUAUCUUUGCACGGCGUUUAUACUUCUGACCAGCACUGGCCGAGCUGUUCUGGGCUCUGGCAGAGCCCAGCAAACCCUGCGGUGACUUCUUAGAAGUACGAGUGCUGGAUAGGGUAAAUAUUCCUUGCUCCUGAUUUUGAACUCUGGGAACAAGGCGUGUAGCCUCUGGGUGGUUUUACAGCUGGAAUAUCUUGAGAUGAAGCUGUCAAAGAGGGGUGUUGGAAGGAGGCUGUUCAGUAAGUGGAGGGCAGUUGCAUCACCUGUAGCAAAAUUAGUUGAGAAGUUGCUGACGGUGGGCUCGCUUGUUUGUGUUUAAUGCUGUUAAACAGAGCUGAAAUUGUAGGCUGGUAUAACUGAUAAACUCCACUAGCCAGAAACUGUGAUUAAAACCGAAUAGAAGGGAAUACAGAUAUGGGCUUUAACAGAGGGGCACUUCAUAAUCAGCUUCUUGCUGCGCGGAUCAGAUGGGGACAGUGUAUCUGCCUUGUUAAAGUCUUGCUGUUUGUUCCCCCCCAUCCCUUGUGCACGUGCAAGAGAUACCUGGGAGCGGCUGUUGGUUCUCGAUAGUAAACGUGCUGGGAUUGAAGGGAGUUCUGGGUGCGUUACGCUGUCAGAAACCAUUAGAUUUAUGGGGUAGGGAGCCCAGCCAGGGCUCCUCGCAGAUAACAUCUCCUGCCUCGGUGGCACGGAGAGGUGAAUCCACCUGCUGUCUCUCAACCUCUUCUUAAAAUCCGUCCUUUGGGAUUUGUUUCCUUUUUCUUCCCUUCUGGGGACAUGGUUCCUUCUUAGGUUGAUUUGGUUCCAGCUUAGCAGGGCAGGUGUGUUCUCCAACAGCUGUGCUCUGAAAUACCAGCGCUGGCCGCGCUGGAGGGGAAGGAGCAGAGCCUGACUUACCUGGGGUCUGCCUCCCAGCUCUGCCGCCCACGCACCCCCUGCGUCUCCUCUGAUGAUGGACUUGGGUCUCGCUGCUGUGGAGAGAGGUAAGAGAUGGCUGGGGGGCUGGAAAGGAUCUGCACUUCAAGCUUGAUCACUUUUUUACUCAGCAGAUGAACGCUGGGUGCGCUUCCCAGAUUUCUGUUGAGCGAGAAGGCAGUUUAAUUUGGUGUGAUCUUGAAUGUGCCUUAAAGCAAACUCGAUACACUGAAAAAUGAAAAAGGAUCGGAAUCUGCUGGUGUUGCUUUUUCCCUUGUGCGGGCACAAAGUAUUCAGCGGCUAAAAAUGUGGGCAGGGAAUGUCAGGAAUCCUCAGUUCCCAGUUCUAGCCUGGACUUUGGGCGUCUGCCUCAGCUUUUCCAUGCAGAAAAUGCGCUCACCAUUUUGCAACGUGCUGGUUGCUCUAGAAGAGCAAAAUACUUGAAGCUGCACAGAUCGAAUGUUUGCCUCUCCCAUUAUAACAACUUCAGGUUUUCUCACUCAUUCUCAGAAACACUCUUUAUCCCAAAUGGAUGUUUGUGCUUUUCAGACAGCCGGAUGCAAUGUUUGUACCUGUGCGAAGCAUCCAGUGAAAGGAAACGUGGGCGAUCUGGGAGUUUUGUGAAAAACAGGUUUGAAUAUUUAACUUACCCGGAGUAGAAGCUACGGCUGGUGCCGAUUCUCAGGAGAGCAUCAAAAUUUAUUGGUUUCUUUAGCCAAACUCGCACCAAGAAACAAAGUCAGUGCAGACGCUUGUUGGUGUGAAGAGCGUUUAUCUUGGAAAGAUCCUCAGCGUUGUGUAAUUCACUGACCGCUCUGGUCCUGCUUUUAAAUGAGACUCUCUUCCCUCCUGCUUAAUAAGAUAGCAUCAUCUAGUGGCUACAUCACAGCCGGGGAUGCGGUGACCUUGCUUCUGGUGUGCUCUGCCGUCGGGUCUUGGUGUUGGACGCUGCAGCAUACAGAGAUAUAUCGAGAUAGAUAGAUAGAUAGAUAGAUAGAUAGAUAUACACACUUGCCUCACUUUUCUCAACGUUAGACUGAAUUUAACAUGGUUAGAGAGGACUGGGCUUCAGCAGUGGAAUGUGGUGCGUAGCUACGUGUAGUGUUUUACUGGGUGUAGUGUCAUGAGGUCUGUACGUUAUUGAGAAGUGGAGAUGGGUGAAAACGCUUGACUGAAGAUGUAUUUAGGAGAUUUAUAAAAUCUCUUUUUGGUGCUAGUUGGUAGAGGGUUUUUUCUUUUUUUUGGUGCGUAUGUGGGAAAGUGAGAAUUUUGAAGUUAUACUUGAGAAAUUGGCUCUAGAAUUGCCUCAGAUUAAUCUUGGGAGGUCCAAGAGUGUUUACUGAACGUCCUGUAUGUCCUAUUUUCUAUUUAUUAAAUCAGAAGACCUGGAACCAUCGCUUGGCACUUUCUGCUCAGUGUUUCCAUGAACUCUGUGUACCCGAGACUCCCUGGCAGCACCCCGAGGUGCAGGGCAGGAUCCCAGCCCCCCUCGGAGCCCGUGCCUGGCGCUGGGACGAACACCCAGGGCACACCACUCUGCCAACGGCACGGCCUGGCUGGCGGCGGGCACGAGCACGUCUGCUGAAGGCUUUUCCCCUCCUUAGCGAACCGAGAAACCUCCAAGAUGGAAGCUGCAGGGCUUUGUCUCCUCUCUUCGUGUCUGAGCUGGUACGGUCGAACUCACCUUCGCGACCAAGGGCAGGGCUUCGAUACCGACCUCUCUGGCUCGGCAGCGCCAGCGUGAGCGGUCCCCGUGGAAAGUGGUUUGGUUUAAACCUUGCAGAUGAUUUUUCUGAGUCAUGCGAGUGUGCAGGCCCGGGGUGGACGAUGGCAGCGGCAGAGCGUGGCUGGUGCGUGAUCUCCCGGGGUUUCCUGCUCCCCUGAGUUGGUGGUGUCUGUUGGGAUGUCUUUGGAGGAUGCUCUUGUGCUGCUGCCCAGCUCCCACAUGGAAGUGUCAGUUUGGAGCAGGAAAAACUGGUGUGGAGAACAAACUUGCUAAUUUACUAGAAUUAAAUAAGCCUGAGACUUGCAGUGAUUUUCAGUGAAUUUUAAGUUAAAUACUCAAUUCUCCGUCAAUUCUAGAUGGUUUUGGACUUGUAAUGCCCAUAAUCUGUCUUGGUUUAUUCUUCUGGCUGCAGACUUCUGUUCCUCACUCCAGUGCUUUGUGUUUCUAGUCUGGUAAAGUUAACAUGUUUGUUUUUUUUUUUAAAUGAGAUAUUAAGUUGAAAUGGUUUGCAAAAACACUUUACAACUGCAAGGGCACUUUGGAAAUCUAGUGUUUCAGCUGAUGCUUUUUCUCUUUCUUACUGACUUGGACUUGUUCUUACUUACCAUGCAUUUGUUCAAAGUCAAAUGCAUUCAGUAGAAAACACGUUUUGUUUCCUUUGAGGGUCAGAUCUUAGCUCGAGCCCAUGAAUAACGCAGGUGCUCUCUUGCUCCUGCUUGGUCUUGGCUGGCAGGUAUAGCGUAUUCCUACAUAAUUUUGACCUUUCCAUCCACAGUGUUCCCAGAAAGGCUGGAGGGCUCGAUGUCCGCUGCACGCUCAGCUCUGGUAUCGUUACAACCCCCCGUCCCUCUUCUGCAAAGAGCCUGGGGUGUGUGUUGGGCCAGGUGCUGAGGCAGUGGGAAGCUGCGCUGGUGUCCGGCAGCCGGGGCCCUUUCUCAAGGGGUUUCCUCUGUUUGAGUUGUGCGUGAGGGGGAGAUCAUCACUGUCUUUAAAAGGUUUUUAAAAAAAAAAAAAAAGUAAAACAUAAAAUAAAAUUUGUGGAUGCGAGUUUGACAGGAGUGUAGGCUGUAAUCUAGUGCCAACCAAUAAACACACCAGUAUUUCACA